AUGGUGGAUAAUGUUUUCAGAUUGAAAUCAAAUGUAUAAAUACCAAGAAACAGUGAUAACCAAAAUUAACUUGGGAAACUUAGUAAUGACUUUUAUUGUUACAAUUAUAAAAUCAAUAGAAUUGAUAAGCAAGGUAGUAUUACGACAGAUACAUUCGACCACAUUUAGAGGUGUUUUACUCCUGUUAAAUAUGUUAUUGAAAUCUUGGCAGUAGUAAUGAAGUAUUAAAAUAAUAAUUCGAGAAAUUGCAUAGCAAAAAAUUAGAUUCAACCCAAUACAAAGUAAUGGAGGAUCUAGAUUUGCUUAAUUUUGAAAUUUUAAUUAAAAACAAUGUAAUUAGUAACUCAAUAACAAUUUAUGAAUGAUCUUUAUUUCAUAGCCAUAGGCAUUAACUCUGAAAUGAGAGGGCACUAUGCCUUAGAGACAGGAUUUUUACCUAUUCCUUUAUACUUUUUAGGAUAUAAUAGUAGUAGAUAAUAUCUAAUCAAUAUCUUUACUUUAACAAUAUGCAAGUUUGCGAUUAUAAUGGUUAACAACUUCCUGUUAAGAUUACGUUUCACAACUAUUACUGUUACAAGGAGACAGAAAAGUGUUAUUAUGAAUAUUAAUUUUUUAAAUGGGAUAUCGACAAAAAGGGGUUAUCAAACCAAAGGGCAUAUGAAAAUUACUAAGACUAUUUGA